AUGAGACAUCUUACGUCGGGCUCCCGCUACAAGCUCUUCCUCAAGCUGGUGGUGGUGGGCGUGCUCUUCUUCUGGGCCGUUACGCUCUUCACCGCCUCGCCGCAAGGCGCAGACACAUCGAGACUGGGCGCGCUCGAGCUCCUCUCCAUGUCCUCCUUGGCCUCCGCCUCCACUCCAACCACCGCUGACGACCGCGCGUUGCAUCGCCUCGAGGCCGACUACGCUCGCGAGCGGCAAGAGCGGGUCGAGCUUCAGCGCAGCAUCGAGCAGCUGCAGACCAAGCAGCAGGACCUGCAGGGCCAGCUCGACAUCCUGCGCCAGCAGAUGCCGCUGCCCGAGGACCAAGUAGAGGGCGCCGCCAAGCCGCCCGAGAUCGGCUACACCAAGUGGGCCAAGAACUACUACAACACACGACGCGACGAUGCGGGCUCCGGCCCCGACGACAGCAACAACAAAAACGACAACGAACAACAACAAGACAAUAUGGACUCGAUCAACUUGAGCAGCACGGGCAUCGAGCUGCCGCGCCUCAAGGCCGAGACGGAGGAGGGCGAGGCACGAAGGAAGAAGGCCCAGGCCGAUGGGCUUGAGGAGUCGGAGGGCGGGCAGUGCGUGUUGCCGCAGGCGCUGGACUACAAGAAGGACUUCUGGGGCGGGCGGCCGUUUGCGGGCUGCUGCCGUGGGGGCAACUGCGGGCGGUACCAGCUGCGCGACAGGGGUCGGCUACUCCUGUCCAAGUGCGACGAGCCGGCCACCAUCAGCUGGGCCAAGGAGACUCGCACCGUGGCGCCCGAUCAGCUCUUCUCGCUGUCAACCAUUCCGCAAGUGGGGAGUCUCCAAUAUGUCAAGUUCAAGUGCAAGGAACUGGAGGAGCUCGUGGUGGUUCCCAUGACCAACGAGAAGGCCUACGAGCAGGUGCUCGCCCGCAAUCUCUCCUCUUCUUCGAUCAAGCCGAACGUCGUUGUGAUGAUGAUCGACGCCGUAUCUCGCGCGCAAUUCGUCCGAGCUAUGCCCAAGACGCUCCAGUUCUUCCAGAACCUGAACAGCGAGCCCGGGCAGCGAUUCAGCGUGUUCGACUUUCAGUUCUUCGGCACUCUCGGCGCCUAUUCGCCGCCCAACCGCUACGCCUUUUUCUCUGGCUACCCUUUCGUGGACGAUCAGGCGUUUUUCGAUGGAAGCCCCUUCCCCCAGGAGCAGAAGGUGCUCCGCGUGAACGAGAGGAAGGGCGUGUGGAUGUGGGACGUCUUGUCCGAGCAGGGCUACAUCACCUAUUCGGCCAGGGACAUGUGCUCCAAGACGGCGGCGUUCGUGUACGACGACUUUGUGUCGCGGCCCUGGACGGAUGUGCACUUCCAGGAGAUCUACUGUGACCACCGUUACAAGAUGCACGCUUCCUCUUCCGAACACUGUUUGAGCACUCGCUAUGCUCAUCAGUACGUGCUCGACUCUGGCCUCUUGUUCCACGAAACCUACACCGGCGUGCCUCGCUUCACCUACCUCGACUUUGCCGAAGGGCACGAGCCAUCGAUGAGGAUCGUGAGGACCAUGGACAACGAUCUGGUAGAACAGCUGCCGCGUUAUCUCUCCGACGGCAACACGAUCGUGGUGCUGGCUUCCGACCACGGCAUCGGCUACGGCAAGCAACACGUCACCAAGGACGGCCCGCUUGAGGAGCGGCUGCCGGCGCUGUACGUGAUCGCGCCCAACAAGGUGCUGACCAAGGAGAGCCGAGCGAACCUUGAGCGCAACACCCAGAAGCUCGUCAGCGGGACGGACGUCUACGAGACGGUGGCGGACUUCGUCGGCGCGGCCGGCGCACGGCCGUGGGCGCACAGUCUGCUGCGACCAAUGCCUUCG